UUUCUACAAAUGUCACAUAACUAAACUUCUUGCACACAUAAAAGAUAUCCAAGAUGAUAAAUGGUCAAAACCUUAUUUUUCACAGAAUCUUAGAGAAGUUCUUCAACUUGAUGAUGAAGAAUAA